AAAAAGAUCGGCAACUCUGAUCGCUGGCGCAAACACGCUCAAACCGAGCAAGCGUCGCAAAUUUAAUUUUUAAUGUGACAAUUCCGAACGAAUAAUAAAAUGUCUGCAGAUAUUGUAAACCAAUUGAAAGGCACUCGAUCCGACGUUAAGGCAGCCGCCACGACAAUUGAGUGGAAAUUCAGGGAAUUCAGCAAGGGCAUCGGGACAAACGACGCCUAUCCCAUCAGGUUCGAGUUGAGCGUGCUGCGCCAGCUGUGUUUGGCCCUGAAGGACAAUCAGCACCAGCAUGCAGACCUCUACUGCGACAUUGUGGCCACCAUGCUUCCACACAUGGAGCCCUACGAGGAGAAGCCGAGCCUGUGGGAAGCUCAUCUAACGAGCCUGCGCUACAUACACCAUGGGCUGUCUCAGGAGAAAACUGGGAAAGAAUGCCAGAAAAUGUACGGCCUCAUCCGAUCGCAGCGCUGCCGUCUGCAGGAGGAGGGAGACUACAAGUUUUAUUUGGACAUCCAUCUGAUGCACUUCAACUUCAUUCACAUGCAAAUGCAGAAGCAAACGUUGCCUCUCGCAGCCACAGAUCAACUCUAUUACGCCUUAGAGUCUUUGGGUGUCCUGUUCGACACCAUGCGCCAACAGAAAGUGGCAAAGAAUGCGGCUCUUCUGGUCCAGCUGAACGAGUCUCUCUUCAUGAAGCGAAGCAGAGGAUUUCUAAGAUCUCUGAGCGCACUGCCGUUUGAGUACACAAUGAAAAUGUACGAGCCGCUGUUCAAGCUCCUGAGCUGCAGCUGGGGCAUGCCCAGCUCUGAGCUGAGUAAUCAAUUCUCUGAGUAUCUGGGACUCGUUCUGGCAUUAGUGCACAUCGAUAGCUUUUCCACAGAGGCGCCGCUCCAGCAGCAACUGGCACUGCAGCUGCUGCGCAUUUGUCGCGACCUGUACAGGAGCAUUUCGCCUCAGAACUACGCCAUCCAGCUGCUCUACUACUACGUGAAGCUGCUGUACGUGCGCGAGGCUACGCCGGACUUCAAGCGCACCUACAUCGACCUGUGCAAUAAGUUCGUCGCCUUCUUCGAGCACAAGGGCGCGACGCACGGCAAAGAGCAGUGGUUCAUGGACCUGCUGGUGUUCUUCCAGCGACUGGAGACGCUGCUCCUUCCGAGCAGCAGCAAGGAAGAAUGUCCCUUUGGCAUUUUUUGGCAGCAGCUAGAGGGCGACGGCAGUCCCAAGGCCUACACCGCGCACUUUCAGCUGCUGUACGGCUGCCUUGGGGUGGUGGUGAACGUCGUGAGGAGUCCGCUGGGCACCAGCUGCACCAAUGAGGCCUGCAAGAGCAUACGCAGGCAUUGUCUGCUAUCCUUCGGUAUGUGCGCACUGGAAGCAUUCAACAACUGGCAGCAGACGACGGAACAAAAGGCGGACACAUCAAUACACAAGGCUCUGCUGAACAUUCUGGUGUACACCGUAGACGUGGCCAAGAGCACAAAGUGUCUGGGUCCCGCCGCUCCGGAGAUAAUCAGGUUUGUGCGUCAACUGGCGCUCGUGCUCGAGAAGGUGGCGUCGCCCGAACAAAUUUCCCUACUGCAGCACCUACUGGAGCCCCUGCAAAGUCUACGGCCGCUAAUUGCCAUCAACGAUAUGAGCUAUCUGCUGCGGCGCAUCUACAAAGCCAGUGCCCACUGCCAGAGCUCUGUCAUGGCCAGCCGCCUGCAGUCCAGCUACAUUGCUGCCCAAACGAAUCCCUCGCGACUGCACGCACUUCUCUGCGUCCACUACCACAACGCAAAGAAUUCAGAGAAGUGCGUCUACGAGUGGCACGAGUCCAGUCCGCUGCCCAGCCCCCUAACCCCCGCCGAGAAGAAGCAGCUUUAUGAUGUGGAUCUGAUGGCCGUGCUGCACUUCUUUAAUGCGCCGCCACUGUCUCUGUUGCAGUCUCUAUUCCGCUGUCGUCGCCACGACUACCACCUGGUUCUCUUGGCACGCAAGAUGCGCGCCGAAAGCACGAUGGUGCGUCAGUGCGAGCAACUGCGCUCCAAGCUGCAAAGCACGGCCCUCAAGCAGCCGCUCACACGCAUGCAAGAGCUGGCCAUGGGCCAUGCCAGUGUCAGUGUGCUGCUGGAGGCUUUGGAGGCACAGAAGACGAAAGUCUCGAUCAAGGAGACGGCCGAAAACAGCCUGGAGACGUUCAUCAUAAAUAACAACCUGCUGGAGCUCAACAUAAAGCGGGAGCAUCGCCUCGUGGAGUUGGCUACUGCGGCCAUCGCUGGCUUUGCAGCCUUCUUCCAGCGUGCUGACCAAGAGCCGCUCGAAUGCGACGAGACGCCCAUCGACUGGGAAGCCCUGAUCGACGAUGCGGUUACCGCAGCCAUGGCUCUGUCCAGCAUGGGCUACACGGCACAGGCCGAUGAUGCCUGGCUGCUGUUGCUUAGUAUUGGGCGAAUGCUGGACGAGAGAUUCACCUACCUGCGAGCCCUGACACACUUUCUGGCACAGGACCAUCUGAAUCCUAACCAGCAGCUGCAACUCUCCGAGGAGGUGGACCGAGCACAGGAGCUGCUCGACGAUCUGUGGCCGCAGCUGAAAGACGGACACUUCUACAAGCGCCACCACUCCAUAGUGAUGCUCUGCCUCUGCCACAUGGCCAGCUACUAUGCCCGCCAGGACUGUCUGUGCCACGCCCAGCUGCUGUUGCUGCAGGCGGAGCAGCUGCGCGCCGAGUUCGAUGAGCGGCAGGGCAAAUGCGACAUUGUGCUGAUCACCGUGCAGACAGUGCGCUUUCGAUUGGAGUAUCUACGGAAGAAGCGGAGCAGCGGUCUGCCCCGAAUGCCAACGCCCCUGCGACAGCUGGACACGCUGGCCGACAGCGUUCGCAACUUCUAUGGUCUGUCCAGCGUGGACUUGGGAGCCCUGCAGCUGCUGCUGGCCGACCUGGUGCGGGAGAGCACCGAGUGUGCAGCCAACCGGCUGACCGAGCGGCUCGGCUUCACCGGCAUCAUGCUAAACAUGGUGCUGCAAUCGGGAAUGGCACUGCGGUCCAUCGAGGUGUUGAUUUCGUGGCUCUGGAUGAACCUGCAGAUGGAGUACCUGGACAAGGCACAGUCCAAGCUGCGCCUAUUGGAUCAUUUACUCGCCAUCAAGCCGCUCACUGAAACGCUGCUGGAGCAGCCAUCGACCCAAGGAGUCCUCGCAACCAACGCCAAAGAAGACCUCAAGUCCAAUGCGAUCAGCGAGCUGACCAGCAACAUGCUGCUCAUGCAGCUGGUGGAACCGAUUCGGAAGCAGAACCAGCUGGACAUAGCCACGCCCAAGUUUCCGACCAUCCGCGAUUCAAGUCCCAGCAGCCUCCAGCUGCAGCGCUAUGUGAGCAAGCACGAGGCGCCGCCCCAUCUCCGGGACAGCAUGCAUCUGCAGAGCAUCUACUUCAUCGUAGGCUGUCUCCAUGCACGCCUCAGUUUCUUGAAGAGGGACCACGAUCAGCUGGAUGACUUCUACGUCCGGGCAGGCAGUUGGCUACAGGAGGAUGCUGCACGCACCGCCACACUGGGCUCCAUGCGCUUCGUGCAGGAGCUCUACCACGUCAACUAUCUGCGCUACAGGAAGAAAUAUAAGGAGGCCAUACGCUACGCGGAGGCAGGUCUCAUGUUACAGCGCCAGACGGCUGACAUAAACUAUGGCUUCAACUUCAUGUCGCAGCUGAAGACGGUCCGAGUGGAGCAGCAGCCCGUGGGCAAAGAGAAGAUGAAGACGCUCAGACGAGCCCUCGCCUUCAACACUUCGCCAGAUGUUAGGGGCAGGAAAGCUCUUGUGGAGACGGUGGCCAAGGUAAAAGCAUCGGCCAGAAAGGCGCCCAGGUUCAAGAUUUACACCGAACUGGAAUUGUGCCCGCCCUUUGGAGGCAGCAGCAGCAGUAGCAGCAAGAGCGGCAAUGAGAACACGCCCCCAUCGGAUCAUGUGGAUCUGAAUGCCUGCCAGGCGAUCGAGAUAAGCGAUGACGAGUCCGCCUUAGUUCCAGAAUCGACUUCAGCUCCACUCAAACGAUCCCAAUCGGUGCCAGUCAAAGCCACAACGCAGAGAACACGCUCUGCCAGAGCUCGCAGCCAACUGAAAGUAGUAGAGAUUAUCGAACUGGACGAUACCAUAAAUGAGACGAACCCCCCGAUCACGUCGGCAGCCACAGUGAAGCGCUAUCCGACCACAGAUGCGAGGAGCACCCGUGCCCGCAACCGCCAAGCCGAGGAAACGCCAGCGACCACGAGAGGACGACCACGUGCCAAGGUGGCGGAGACGGCACCCCAGCAGGAGACAGUCAGCCUCAGACGGCGACAAAGGAACUGAUUAAGGAUAACUAGUGCAUAGGUUUAUGUUAAUAGUUUUGUCCAUUUUUGCGUGUUCUUAAUCCAUUUUAUUCUGUAUUUAUAAACGUUAUUUCAAGGAGACCAUCGAGCCUCCAGAGAA